AAAGAUAGCACUGAAAAGCCUGCUGAUAAAUCAGUUGAUCAGAUCGAGCAAGAUUUGCAGUUACCUAAUUCGAGCGAUGAGCUGGAUGAAUCUGAAGAGAAUUUGUCUGACGAAAGCUCCGAUGAACUUGAAGGGCUCUCAGAUAAUGAGAACGAUGAAGAAACAAGAACUACCACUAAGGAAGGGCAUAUAGUGAACAAAAAGAUAAGUAAACAAGUUGGUAAAGCCCUGAGUACCUCUGAACAACGUGGAGUGAUUUACAUCGGAAGAAUUCCUCACGGUUUCUAUGAAAACGAGAUGAAAAGAUAUUUCAAUCAAUUUGGGAAUAUCAUAAACUUAAGAAUAUCAAGAAACAAGAAGACUGGUAAGUCAAAGCACUAUGGUUUUCUAGAAUUUGAAAAUUUAGCUACCGCUAAGAUAGCUGCUGAAACCAUGAACAACUACUUACUUUUUGGUCACUUAUUGAAAUGUGAGGUAGUUGAAAACUUCCAUGAGGAUUUAUUCAAAAAUGCAAACAGAAGAUUUACUCCAGCAGCUGGUCAUAAGAUUAGUAAAGAAAAGAAUGAUAAGCCAAAGACCAAAGAACAAUGGGAAGAAUUGAUAAAGAAACAUGAAAACAAGAAAUCCUCAAAACAAGCAGAGUUGAAGGACAAAGGAAUCAACUUCGACUUAAAUAGCAUAUAA